AAUAAAUUCAAGGUUGAAUCAAGUUAUUACGUGAAUGCUGCUGCAAUAUUUGCAAAGUCGACAACUUGGUCGAUUUUGUGAACAGUGUCCUGGAAAUGGCUUCGCCAACACCGGAAUUGCAUAAUAACGGUCGCAACAACAACCCGAGAAUCAACUUGGAAUCUUCUCCAGGGUCUCUCAGGGCUAACAAUAAUGCUUGUUUGGAUUCGAGGAAUUCACCCACGCCGUUAGUCAACAAUGAGACCAACUCUCAUCCUACCCCGGCGCCCUCCAUAUUCAAAAGAGCAUGGAGUAAACUGGGUAUCGAUAGAACCGUAGCGGCCUUAGUAUUCAAAGGAGCGCUGGCACCCCUAAUAGCAACGGCUAUUUACCAGAGCAAAUCUGUUGCAGAAAUCUACGUGAAUUUUGGGUAUUUGAUCAUAGUGGUCUCUAUCUUGGCUGUUCCGAUUCUUCCACGGGGAAAAUUCAUGAUGAACAUGUCUAUAUCUGUGCUACUAACUUGUUUGGCGAUGGCAAUGGUUUUGCUUGGCCAGUAUGCUGGCAUCAAGGCACGCCAGAACACGACUCCAGCUGGGGCAUUGCCGGAUAUUGCACUUGGAUAUAACUCGUCUGCUGCAGCAGUUAACGCUAUAUUCUUAAUGUUCAACCUCUUCGGGAUAAAUACACUACGGGCAGCUCGACCGGCGUUUAGUAUUCCUGCCGUGGGAUACAAUAUCUUUGUUCUGCUUGGAUUUACAUAUGGACCUCAAAUGGCAACAAUAACUAGUAGCCUCAGAUUUUCCAAAGAGUUGUUUUAUUCCUUCUUGACUGGCCAGGCUAUUGGUUCAGGUGUAUCAUUACUCAUCUUCCCGAUUUCAUCAAGAAAAGUAUUCUUCGGGGAGGCCGCUGGGUUUCUUCAGAGCUGCCGUGGAUUACUUAAGUCACAAGUAGCAUUUGUUGAAGCAUUGGAGUAUUCGCAAAUGGAAUGCGCCCCUCAUCCAAAUACGAGAUUGGCAUCCGGGGGUGUGUCGGAGACGGAUCAUGCCGAUGAUAACCAAACCGAGGAAUCUGAAAAUACGCGCUUAUACAAUCAAAGAGCUUCUUCAUUGAAAGCAUCCUCGGCAGCUCUACUUGCAUUGGCAGGGAAACUUCGAGACGACGUCGUCUUUGCAAAGCGAGAGAUAGCAUUUGGCCAUUUCCAAAGCAAUCAUAUUCACGAAAUGCACAGACUCUUCAUGGACAUACUUAUCCCGAUCGUGGGGUUUUCUACAAUUACGGACAUAUCGGAGCGGCUUAACUACAGGUUUUGCACGGAUACGGAGUGGACCGAAGAAUUGGACUCCGCUGCGCCUACCCAGACUCAAGGUUCCUGGCGAAGGGGGGAAAGCGAGAGUGUUGAGUGGAGGGAAUUGAUUAGACCCUUACACGCGUCACUGAAGCCUUUUGUGCAAGUCCUUGACGAUAGUAUAUUGCACAUUUUGAUUUUGCUUAAAUUUGUUCCCAAUCCUAACAAAACCAAAUCGAAACCUAAAAAACCAACGGAUGGUGCUGGAAGGGAAGGCGCCAGUUUUAACCAAGAUAUAGAAAAAGGUCUAAAUCCCGGCGAUAUUGGCUUUGGGGACUACCUGGACAAAACAAUCGACAGCUAUCGUGCAGAACGGACAGAAAAUCUUAAAACAUGGGCUGCUGAUAGGGGCCUUAGUUGUAUUUUUCGGGACAGCCAGGAGCGAGCCCAUUUACCGCCAAACCCCGACCAAGGAAUGGACGGCCGCCAUGGAGGUUCUAGAGACAGUCGAUUUUCCGAGAGGAUCCAUCUUAUAUUUUAUAUGGAAUACCUUAUGUACUCCAUUUCAAAAAGGAUCCUAGCCGUCGUUCGAUGUGCCGAGUCAAGGGCUACAGACGGAACAUUGGAGAGACGACAAUUCAUCUUUCCUUCUCUCAAGACCGUGACAAAGUUGGUAAAAGGGCUCAUUGAUGGCGAAGAUUCGAACCCAGGAAUCUACAAAACCGGCGGCGUGGGAGCCGAUGUCCAGACAGUCUCUCUUGGACACUCACUCCAGACUCCCAAAGACCCCGAGCAUCUACCUCCCAAAGGCUCCUGGCAGGCGUUUGGCGAUCGACUCAGAGUUAUACCUAAAUUCUUUGGAUCUGAUCCCUCCAAGUUUGGCGCGCGAGUGACAAUUGCGUCGAUGAGUAUCGCAAUAAUGGCAUACUUACAUCAAACACACAUGUUUUUUAUUGAACAGCGAGUGGUAUGGGGGAUAGUGAUAAUUUGCCUUGGGAUGAACCCAACGACUGGCAGCGCCGUGUUCGCCUUGAUAACAAAUCUAGGCACAACCGUGCUAGCAACAGUCGCGGCAUUCAUUAACUGGUAUAUUGUUGGACAGAAGACGGCCGGAAUUAUCGUUUUUCUCUUUCUUUUUCUUAUGGUCUACUUUUACUUCCUUGUCAAGUACCCUAGAUUUCUGGUCGCUAUUGCUUCAGGGGCAAUCACCCACGUACUAAUCGUUGGGUAUGAACUACAGGUCCGCGUGGAGGGUAUAAAGGCAGCAACUUCGACGGGCCAGGCAUUUUAUGAGAUAUACUUGUUAGCCCCCUAUCGGCUUCUCGCCGUUGGAGGUGGCGUUAUCGUUGCCUACAUAUUCACUAUCUUCCCUGUGCCAAUUACGGAAGCUUCUGUCCUUCGCAGAGACUUGGGGACUUCAUUAUUCCUUCUCGCCAACUACGUCAACUCAACAACGUCUACUGUCGACAAUCGAUUGCAGGACAAGGAAGGCGACAUGAGUCUUCCCUCCAGCCCAGGGCGGAGACUUGAAAAGUCACGACAGGAUUUACUACAGAAGCAGUUUGCUUUGCAGAAUUCGAUGAGACGGAACUUGUCAUUUAUGGAUUGGGGUCCCAACUUCGGAGGCGAAUUUCCCAAGGAAAUGUACACGUUGAUUAUUGAUGAAGUUCAAAAUAUCAUCAACUACCUUGCAGUAAUUAGUUUCGCAUCCGAAACAUUUAUAGCUGCACGCAGGGAGUCGCCCUCCCCGGUUUGGCUUUCCGAGUUUGCAAAAUCGAGGCCAGAAACCAGCGCUGAAGCACAUAAAACCACGUCCUUAUUAAUUCUUCUCUCUGCUUCCAUCAAAAAUGGAAGGCCUUUGCCGCCAUAUCUCGACGUGCCGUCCGAUUCUCACCUCUCCCAGCAGAUACAUGGCGACAAGGCGGAUAUUAUGACAUUUAAUAACCUGAAUGAGCCGGGGUUUCGAGCUCUGGCUGCUAUCAAGUUGGCACAAAGCUGUAUGGCGGAUUCGCUCUCAAGAAUUGUUGACCCUGUGAGGGAACUGGUAGGAGAGGUGAAUUUUAGCUAUCAGAUUGUCGACUCAAAUGAAUAA